AUGAAGCCACCCUUCUUCGUGGCUCCGUUGCUCACCCUUCUCGCUCAAGAUUCAGAUGCUCCGGGACGGCAGGCUUGGACACCGUCCACUCACGCUUUUACGGUCUCCCCUGGAUUCGCCGCUCAUCACCAGCAGGGGGACCAUCUGAAGCCAUCUCACAAACCGUCUGUGCUUCCGGCCGCCCCUAUCUUCACGGUCUUCGGGGUUGCAGUGGUGAUCGGGCUCAUCGCACUGGCCUCUAAGUGGCGCGACCGGGCGUGCCCUGCGAGCUUCGCCCUCUCUGUUAAUUUGAUGAUUUGUGUGCAAGGAUUCAUCAACUACAGCUCGGUGAUUCUGUGUGCGUACCCCCUUUGCCUGGAACUGGGAGCCACGCACGCCACUUCAAUGUCCGGCUUCUUCAUCGGAGUCUACAUGACUGCAAGCGCUGUUGGCACCGCCGUCUGUUGGAAGAUCUUGGGCAUGUUUUCAGACGCCUGGCAGACUGGUGGUGUGAAGCAUUUCCUGUUGGGAGGCCUGUCUUGCCAACUCCUCGGCGCUUUGGGCUUCGUGAAGGUAGCAUUGGAUGGAAGCGAUACAGAUGACAACAGCUGGAUCUACUUCUUGAUGGCUGCCCGGGUCCUCCAGAGCUUUGGGCAUGGAAUGAAUGACCAGGUCAUGAAGUGCUGCAUCGUAAAGCUUUCGCCAGUCGCCGACCGGCCCGUCCACUCCUUGCACAAGUUUGUGGCAAAUACAGUUGGGAUCGGUUCUGGCCCCAUUCUCGUCGCCGUGGUGUUCUUCUUCUUCCAGAGCCCACAUGAAGAGCAGGAGUCUGCCAAAGGCUCGCAAAUCAGCAUCAUCACAGCGAGCUUGCAAUUCUGGACAACUUCCGCCGUUCUCGCGGCCACCGCGCAGCUGUACCCCACGAUGAAGGUGGCAACGACCGAUUCUAGCAAGGCUGCCCCGGCUCGAGGUCACCAAGCAUCGGUGCUUGUCGUGAGCCUUGUCAUGGACGCGCUUAGAGCCUUCAUCGUUUCGGGUGUCGAGUCAGCGACGUGUCUGCUUCUGCAGGAGAAGUUCGCAUGGGGCAAUGACAGUAUCGGCUUUUGCAUCGGUGUGACUUUCUGCCUGGUCGUGCCGGUGUACAUGUUGCACCGGCAGUAUCAUGAAGCAGUCAGAGACCUCCCGCUGAUGAAGAUCUACACGACCCUAGGCAUAGUGGCGACCGUGCUGCUAGGCACUGCGAUGCAUCCCCAGACGAUUCUCGCCGCUGACUCGAUCAUCUUCCCGACCACUUACCUCGCCGGAGCACUAAACAUGGGCAUUCUAAAUAGCAACGUUUUUCCUGACGGGUCUAUUCUGGACGCCAACAAUGUCAUGCUCAUCAAUGGCCUCAUUUCGAACGGCGUGGGACGCUUUGGGGGACCCGUCUUCUCGAGGUCUCUGAUAGCAGACCUGGGUCAGAAAGCUUAUGCUGCUUGCCAGGCGUUGGCGAUGCUCAGUGUGCUGGCAGGCACUAGCAUGCUGGAGCAUGGCUGGCCAAAAGUCUGA